CAGCACUUGUUGAGUUGUGUGUUGGUUGCGUCAGAUAUAAAUUUUUGUUUUGCCUUUUUUCCUAAGUGAUUUAUUAUUGUCUCACGUGCAUUUAUUUUACAUUCGAGCAACAAUUCUUAGCUUUAAUUUACAGAAAUGGCAACAGAAGUGUCAGCCCCAAUGAUGCCGCAGUUCCAGUCUGUACAGAAGGCCAUGGCGCUGCCAACGGUCGGUGCUGCGGUGGAACAAGUCGGAGCUUUCUACAACAGAGUUAAAGGCGCACAUUCUCUCCUGGAAUGGGCCUUGUCUACGGCGGAAGCCAGCAUCACACAGGCAGCUAUCGUCGCCGCACCAUAUGUUGCCACACCCUUAGCAGCUGGAGACGCUAAAGUGGCCGCAGCAUUGGACCAGUUGGAACUCAAAGUCCCGCUCGUAAAGGAACAACCCAAAGUCAUCGUUGAAACAACUAAGCAAGCUGUGCUUACGAGGUUCGCUCCGCAAGUUAACAAGGUGUGUGCGGCGCGUACAGUUGCAGAGCAACGUGUGAAAUCUCUUAAAGAAUUAUCCUGGACCAAAGCCAAUGCACUCCUGUCUACGGCGUACGGCCAGAAGGCAGUUCAUAGCGUCGACAGCGGGGCUACCUAUGCCAUGCAACUGUUAGACCACUAUCUACCACCUGUAGGCCCUCAAGAGGAACCUAGCAAUGAGAUCAUAGCGGCUACCAACGACCCAGCACUUCAUACAGUUCAAACUGUAGGCAGACUGAGCUCUGUAGCAGCCAGGCGUGUAUGGGCUAACCUUGCAUACAAGAUUAAUGAGCUGAGAAACUCUGGAAUCGAGCUGGACUUUCGCCGUUACAUCGCAGCUUUACUGGCAGCUCUCCAUCUAGCCAAGGUCACUAGUGAACAGCAACAGCGCGAACAAGCACAGGAGGAAAAGAAAGAUACUCCUCCCUCUGAACCUACCCCACAAGUUAUAACCCCACCGAAGCAAACCCAAGAAUCUGUGCCCAAAACUUCCGCCAAAGUCAAGGCGACUCCCGAAGCGAAGUCUAAAGUUUCGGAAAAAACAAACUCCGAUUAAGUACAUUUAAAACUACAAUUCAUGUUAAUUAUUUUUAAUUAUUAAGUUGAACAAGACUAAAUAAUAAUAUUACUAGAUGUUCUUGUGUGCGAAUUGCCAUGGCAAACAUGCCGCCUAAAUAGUUUGUCAAAACAAUGCACAAGAGCAAAUUUUAAGAGGAUCGUUAUUACUCUGUCUUCGUUCUUUACAAUUUUAAUAUACAGCCACGUGUAGGUAUAUUGGGUGUACCUAUUAUGUUAUGGCUAUAGAUUUUAAGAACACAAUAUUUUUAUUUUUUUCUAGACAUUUUUAAAGGAAGACUAAAUGUGAAAUUGUGAAUUUUUCGAAGAAUUUGUAUG